GGCGCGGGGCUGCAUGGACGUGAUGUCCCCGCAACAGGAGCACCUCGGCCCGGGCCGCUCGUCCUCGGUGAGCGGCGAGGGCAGGGGCUUCGCUGCCGCCGCCGACAGCAAGAAGAAAAUGAAGAGUUUGGCCCAGAGACGCCAGUCUGCACCAUCUUUGAUCUUUGUCAAAGCACUUAGCAGAUCUAGAUCGGCCUCAAGGGAAGGCUGCUUGUCCCCCAUCAGCCCAGAGGCAUGGCCUCUUGUGCAGUCUUUCAUAUGCCACAACCGAACGUUCAUCCUGGAUGGCCAUGUGCAGCUGAAGACGAGUCUGCAAACCCAGGAGCGACACCUUUUUCUCUUCACAGACAUUCUGGUUGUUGCCAAGUCCAAGUCACACUCUCAUUUCAAACUAAAGUGCCAAGCACGUCUCUGUGAGAUGUGGACAGCAUUUUGUACAGAAGAAGUCUGUGAAGGCAGCACAGACCCAGAGAGGUCCUUUGUUUUGGGCUGGCCCACCACAAACUGCGUGGCAAAUUUCAGGUCUGCAGAACAAAAGGAGACAUGGCUCUCUUUUUUGCAAAGUCGAAUAAGAGAAGAGAAGGAAAAAGACAAUCCUAAAAGGAUUCCUGUGACGAUAAUUGCAAAAGACGUGGGAACUUGUGCAUAUUCAAAAACCCUAAGUGUAACCAAUGUUGAUACAGCAAAUGAUGUAAUUCUGAUGGCCCUGCAGCAGCUGGGAAUUAAUGGCUCUGAAAAAGAUUACAAGCUGUGGGUGAUUUCAGGAAGAGAACAUGCUCCUUACCCUCUUAUUGGACAUGAAUAUCCCUUUGGAAUUAAAAUGAGCCACAUUCGCGACGCUAUGCCCCAUGGAUCAAAGCACUGUGCCUGCCCCAGGCAGCUUCAGGAGUCUUUCCUGACGGAGCAGCUGCCCCAGGAGCUGCAGUGCCAGUUUGUGCUGAAGCCAAGCCAAGUGGCCGUGUGCCAGCAGCUGAACGGUACGUUGCCCCGCUCACCCCAGCAACAUCCACUCAUAGACAUGCUUUCUCUCCUUUACCAAGAGGGCCCUUCCACCAAGGGUAUUUUCAGACGCUCUGGAAGUGCAAAAACCUUCAAAGAGCUCAAGGAGAAGCUUGAUUCAGGCUCUGAAGUAGACCUAGCCUGUGAAUCCAUAUUUGUGACAGCAUCUUUGUUUAAGGAUUUUCUUCGCAACAUCCCAGGCAGCAUUUUGUCAUCCCAGCUGUGUGAUAAGUGGGUCUCUGUGCUGGAUCAAGGAAAUACUGAAGAGAAGAUAAAAAGCAUACAAAGGUUAUUAGAGCAGCUCCCCAGAGCUAAUGUUGUUCUCCUGCGUUACAUCUUUGGAGUGCUGCAUGGUAUAGAAAUGAGAUCUGAAGAGAACCAGAUGAAUGCAUUUAAUCUGGCUAUCUGCAUUGCACCUAGCUUGCUCUGGCCUCCUGUUUCCUCCACUCCUGAUAUAGAAAGUGAAUUUAUAAAAAAGAUUUCCAGUCUGGUACAGUUCCUCAUUGAGAAUUGCUGCAGGAUUUUUGGAGAUGAAAUUACCUCCCUCUUUGGAGAAAUACUGAUGACAUGCAGCAGAGAGAACAGCUCAGAUGUUGCUUCUCUCCAUCAGAAUGACUCUUCCUAUGACAGCCUGGAAAAUGAGGCGAAUGAUGAAGCUGACUCUUCUUCUAGUGACUGGAUUAAAACCCGCGAUCAAGAUAACCGGAGCAGGGAGUCUGUCUUCACUCUGAGUGAUGGUGAUUCAGAGCAGACAGAGGUGGAUGAAAUCCAAAGCGAGACCAGAUCAAAGCAGUUGACAAUUUCUGUUGGCAUGCACCUGAAGUUUUCAUCGCAAGAAAACUCACAGAAUGAAUCUCGGUGCUCCGGCGCACUGGGUUUCUCCUCAGCCUCUACCUCAGGUGCUCUCAAAACUUCGAGGAGACACAGACGCUCCUCCGAGCCUGCAGUUGCCCUCCUCGCCUCCAGUUUUGUCCACAUUGAUGAUGGUCAUGAGAAGGCAACACGCAAAGCCAGCUGUGAUGUUGUCCUGUCUCAUGAAGAUGAAGACUAUCUCUGUCAGCUUCGGUCAUUGCAGAUGGAAAGGCAAAAGCUUAGCAAUCGGAGCUUGAUUAUGGGGAUUAAUGUUGGUAAAAGUGACAACACAAAUCAAAACGUUGAAAGGAAAGACCUGUCCCAUUGUCUCCUGCCUCCAACACCAGAGGGAUUAAAUAUUUGCUCAGGAUUUAGCUGUUCUAGCCAGUCUUCUUCUGGGACAUCUCCAUCUGUGUCAUCAAUUUGCUCUCUGGACAGUGCUUUCUCGCAGUUUUCAGACCAGACUCUGUUUACCCUAAGUGAAACCUCCUGCCCUUUCGACAGCACUUUUCAAUUGCUAAAGAAACACGAAGACGCUACUGCUGCUGCUGCUGUGGCUGGUGACUAUUUGGUUACACCCACCAAGGUGCCACCAUCUCCACAACCUACUGACGCUGUGGCUGAAAGGGGCUUGGUGGAGCCCAACAGCAGGCCAGCCCCCCUGAAACCUACUGAUGGAGUUGAUGGCUAUUUGAUUAAGCCUAAAAUUCAGGCAUUGCCUCUGAAAGUCACAGGAAGAGACAGUCUUCAUGAUCAAAGAGGAAGUCUAGAAAAACAUUACAGCAAUCCAAAGUUUAAAGAGACUGACCAAAGCUUUUUUGCAGAGGAAUAUUAAUACUUAAAAUAAACACCAUAAAGAAAAUGCCUUUGGUGUUAAUGUGUGUUCAUUUUAAGUUUAACAUGCAGGUUGUUCAAAUUUAAUUGAGCAAUCCCCAGACUCACAAGUUUUCUUUUUUUUAGGAAACUGUUUGAGUAAUGUUCGACAAAAGCUUUGCAAGAACAUUGUAAGAAUAAUAAAAAUUGCUAAUAAGCAAGCAAACAGAAGUCUCCUGAAAAUCCAGAAAGGACCCAGGAGGUAACCAAGGCCAGUGCCCUGUUCUCUGACCCUGCCAGGGCAGCAGGGUGCCUGCUGGGCCUCUCCCCUUGACCACUCGAGUGUUGAGCCUUGAAGAUGUGAGUCCCAGUCCUUUGUGCUUUUGAUGUAGUGUGCAAAGUCAGCAUAGAUUCCAUAACUGUGAUAUUAUACUACUGUUCUGAAACUGAUAAAUAUUCCUUUCAUUGUCCUCCCAGGAGUAAGUGUAUUGUUUUCUGUAUGUUUAUGUGGUAUGUUUGAUAGGUGUAGUUAUUCCUUUCACACUGCAAAAGAAAGACAAAAGUAAGCUCAAAAAUAUGUAAAGGGAAAUGCAGAAGCUUGUAACUAACACCCUGCAACUCUGUGUGUUUCAUUUAUUGUGCUUUGUUGGCUGUUCUGUUCAUGUUUAAGUUGUGGAUAUUUUCUUAACAUUGCUGUAAAUGGCACUAUGUAUUAUUGCAAGCAGAACACACGUAAUUUUAUUAUGCAGCAUCUAAAACAUAGAAUCAUAGAAUGGUUUGGGUUGGAAGAGACCCUAAAGAUCAUCUAGUUACAACCCUGCUGCCAUGGGCAGGAACACCUUCCACUGGA